AACUAUGUUUUCCAGAAGCGCUAUGUGAAGUUUGACGGCAGACACCUGAUGUACUUUGGCAGUGAGAAGGACGUUUACCCAAAAGGAGUCAUCCCAUUGGCUGCCAUUCAGAUUGCCCGCCCAACCAAAGACCACAAAUUUGAAAUUGUGACAAGUCAUCGAAUCUUUGUUUUCAGGACUGACAAUGAAGUGCUGCGGCGCCGCUGGCUGGUCACUCUGCAGGAACACGUCAGAGAUCAGAUGGUUUUCGGCCAGCGGACUUUCGGCCCCGGAGCUCAGUGUCAGAAACACGGGGCCCUCGAGCUGAAGGGCCACAAAAACAGAGUGUUCGCCGCCAUCAACACCGAGCAGAUCUGGAUCUACAAGAGCGAGCAGUGUUUUCUUAACGGGAUCGGCAUCACGGUGAUUGAAGCUCGAGGAUCGACGAUCAGAGACGGAAAACACAAGAGCUUCGACCUCAUCACCCCGUACAAAACCUUCAGCUUCACGGCGGAGUGUGAGCGGGAGAAGCGCGUCUGGAUGGAGGCGCUGCAGGACGCCAUCGCCGAGACGCUGUCGGACUACGAGGUGGCAGAGAAGAUCUGGUCGAACCGCUCCAACAGGACGUGUGCCGACUGCCGGGCGCUGAACCCGGACUGGGCCUCCAUCAACCUGAGCGUCGUCAUCUGCAAGAACUGCGCCGGGCAGCACAGAGGUCUGGGGACGAUGGUGUCAAAGGUUCAGAGUCUGAAGCUGGACACGAGCGUGUGGAGCAACGAGAUCGUCCAGCUGUUCAUCAUGCUCGGUAACGACCGUGCUAAUGAUUUCUGGGCGGCCCGCCUGCCAGUGGGGGAGGAGCUGGACUGCGACGCCCCCCCCGACCAGAGGAGGGAGUUCAUCGUUCAGAAGUACAGAGAGGGCAGAUACCGCCGGCCCCACCCGGCCUUCAGCACCCAGCCGGAGCUGCUCAAGGUCCUGUGCUCAGCAGUCUCUGAACAGACUCUCCUGAAGACUGUAACUCGUAUCUUCUCGGAGGCCGAGGCCGAAAACCAGGACCAACGACCGCUGCCUCAACCAGACCUCAGUGUGUAUGAUGAGAUCAUGCAGCCCGUCCUUCACUCUGGAUUCCUCUAUAAAUCCGUCCACCGGGGGACGCUGUCCCGCAGAACCAGAGAAGACUUCCAGAGGUUCUGGUGCUCGGUGGGCGACUCGGUGCUGCUGUACGAGUCGGACCGGGCCCCUGAAGCCUGCCUGCAGAUCAGCGUCAGAGACAUCGUGUGUUUGGGGGUCAGCCGCCCCGACGCGUCCAACAACAACGGCUUCAUCGACAGGUUCAGGUUCACCUUCGAGAUGUGUCUGUCUUCAGAGAAACUCCUGCAGUUCGGCUUGGAGACGGCCGACGCUCUGCACAGCUGGACCAGGUCCAUCGGGAAGGCUUUGUCCCCCCUGAGCGUCCACUGUCUUCUGUCCCGGGAGUUUGAGCGUGUCGGGGUCCUGCGGUACCGGAACAUGUUGGACGCCCAGCAGUGGAGGGACGCCUUCUUCGUCCUCCAGAAGACAAACCUGUUCAUCUGUCCCCGAAGGGACGGAGCGGCCGAGGACAUCAUCAACCUGAAGCGCCUGCAGGAGCUCAGCAUCGCCUCGGAGACGGAGAACCAGGAGAAGAAGGACAUCCUGGUGCUGGUGGAGAGGGGGAGGACGCUCCACCUGCAGGGCGUCGGGCGCUCAGACUUCUCUCUCUGGUUCUCGGACAUCCAGCGGGCUGCGGGCGGGGAAGGGAACGCGCUGAGGGAGCAGCAGCUGAGCAGGAACGACAUCCCCAUCAUCGUGGACAGCUGCCUGGCCUUCAUCACGCAGUACGGGCUGGGUCACGAGGGGAUCUACAGGAAGAACGGCUCCAGGACCAGAAUCAAACUCCUGAUGGACGAGUUCCGGAAAGACGCCCGAAACGUGAAGCUGCGCAUCGGAGACCACUUCAUCGAGGACGUCACGGACGUCCUGAAGAGGUUUUUCAGGGAGGUGGACGACCCCGUCUUCAUGGCCGACCUCCACCCGCUGUGGCAGGACGCCGCCAGAAUUCCCCAGAAGAGAGCGAGGCUGGACUGCUACAAGGAGAUCAUCCGGACCCUGCCCCGGGUCAACAGGACCACCCUGGCUGCGCUCAUCAGUCACCUGUACAGGGUCCAGAAGUGUGCCGAUCUGAACCAGAUGUGCACCAAGAACCUGUCGCUGCUGUUCGCCCCCAGCCUGUUCCAGACCCACGGGAAGGGCGAGCACGAGGUGAAGAUCGUGGAGGAUCUGAUCGACAACUACCUGCACGUCUUCGAUAUCGACGAGGAGCAUCAGACGCAAAUCGAGCUGGAGGUCAGCCUCAUCACCACCUGGAAGGACACGCAG